CCUAUACAAGCAUGAGUAUAGUCAUUCUGUGUUUGGCAGUCUUCUUCUCCACAGGGUUUCAAGAUGAGAUUGGCAUGGUGUUUCAUUCUAUUUAUGUCCAUUAAUCACGCCGUUUCUGCUGAUCACAUAUUGGCUGUUCAACCAAGUGGAUCCUUUAGUCGAAGCUCUAAAGAACCAAAAUAUAAGAUUGAAUUUCAUCCUGAAGAUUCACCUUUUAAUCCGGAUGAUGAUGAUCAGGAAACUAUGGUACUGCCAAACAAAAAUGGGGAGAAGUUUUUGUGCUUUUUGCCUAAAGUUGACAAACCGAAGAAUGGUAAACUAGUGACUCACAAUAUAAGCAGUUUGAUUAUGGACACGGAGAAACACAUCAAGCUGAAGACACCAGAUGAACUACUUGAAGUACUGAAGGAUCGUUGCCUUCUCCGGCAAGAGGGGUGGUGGUCAUAUGAAUUCUGCUAUGAGAACAAGUUGAGGCAAGUUCAUAUUGACGAUGAAAAGGUGGUUCAAGAAUUUGUCUUGGGUUAUUAUGAUGCCGCAGCUACAGCUGCUUACAAUCAGAACCGAUCAGAUAUUUCAAUGCUAAAAGAUCCUCGUUCGAAAGACGCAUCACAAAGAUAUCAUGCUCAUAUAUACACCAAUGGAACGAAAUGUGAUUUAACAAAUGAUCCACGGGAAACAGAGGUGAGAUUUGUUUGCUCAGAGCCGAGAGCUAUGAUAAGUUCUAUCACUGAAUUGUCCACCUGCAAGUAUGCUCUCACAGUGCACUCCCCAACCCUCUGCAAACACCCGCUCUUUCACGAAGAAAGACCGGUGUGGCAUACCAUUAACUGCAAUAAACUUCCAAAAGAUCACAGAGAAAUGAAAGUGGAGGCAGGCAAUAUAGAAGAUGGGAAAAUAACCAUGGUGACAGACUUGGAAUAUCAGCAUACCUUUGAUUCAGAUGAACGUGCAACAUAAGGCAGACAUU